UUUUUUUCGGGAAAACAUGAUCUUAUCCUGAGCAAUGGUUUUCUACGACACAUGGCCAAAGAUCGAUCCGCAGCAUCUCCUUUGGGUGCUGCUGGCUGUGCUCACCAUUGAUCACAUCUGGGAAAUGAUACUGGCCAAGCGUCAGCAAUUGGUCUGUCUGGGAGCUGGCGUUAUACCCGAGGAGCUGCGUGCCGUCAUUCCACCAGAAGUGUAUCAUCGUGCCCGUGUCUAUGAGCUGCACAAGAUGGAGCUGUUUAUGUGGAAGCAUGGCAUCGAUUUGGUUAUCAGCCUGGCCGAACUCUUCUUCGGCUUCUAUCCCUUCGUAUGGAGUUUGGCCACACAAACACUUGGCUCCGUCACCGGUGAUGAGCUGUGGAUUAGCCUGAUCUUCGUCCUCUAUCUAACCAUCUACAUAACGCUGCGUUGUCUGCCCGUGCUGCUCUACGACAAGUGCAUACUGGAGUUGCGGUAUGGCACACAAACCCGCAUGCCGUGCUACAUGUACAUCUGCAUGGGCAUCUUGUCCAUAAUCCUGUCACAAAUCGUCCUGGCUCCUCUCACCUUGGCAAUUGUGUUUGUUGUGCGCACCAUUGGCUAUUUUUUCUUUUUGUAUUUCUGGGCAGUGUGGGCAAUCUGCACCUUGCUGCUCGUCUUCCUGCUGCCCUAUCUCUGCAUUCCCUGCAUUGGACGGCAGGUGCGUUUGCCUGAGGGACCUCUGUACCUGGAUGUGAAGCGUGUCUGCGAUCUCACUGGAUUCCCGAUGUCCCGGGUGUUCAUCAUACGCACCAAGUCGACGCAGUACAGCAAUGCCUAUUUUUACGGCAGCUGCUGUCUUAAGCGCAUCGUGAUCUUUGAUACGCUGCUGUACAAUAAGGGACUUCAGCCGCAUGAACUGCAGCCGCAUGAGGUGGGACGAGGGCUGUUCAAUAUUCAGGUGGCUGCUGUGGUGGCCCACGAGCUGGGACACUGGAAGAAUGGCCAUUUCUACAAGGCUACGCUGAUAAUGAAGUUGCAUUUUUUGAUCACCAUGAUCCUGUUUGGUCUGCUCUUCCAUUGCCCUCAGCUAUACGAGGCGGUCGGCUUCAAGCCAGGUCUCUGCCCGAUCAUUGUAGGCUUCAUCAUUGUGCUGCGUUUUGCCCUCACGCCUUAUCUGACACUGGCGAACUUUGUGAUGCUGUGGAACUUACGACGCUUCGAAUAUGCUGCCGAUCGGUUUGCCCAUUUUCUGGGCUACUCGAUGCCAUUGCGCUCGGCCUUGAUCAAGAUCUAUGCGGAUCACAUGAGCUUCCCCGUCUAUGACAGGUGUUAUGCACGCUGGCAUCACACGCAUCCGACGAUUCUCCAGCGUUUGGCGUAUCAACAGCGUUUGGACAUCGAGGCGGCCUACAAUUAA